GUCACCUUCCUGCUGGUCCACUUUGGAGGAUUCACCCUGAAGGAGAAACUCUUCAUAUCUGUGGCCUGGCUGCCGAAGGCCACCGUGCAGGCCGCCAUCGGCUCGAAGGCGUUGGACAUGGCGAGGGACGAGAAGAACGACACGUUGAUCAAGUUUGGCCUGGACGUGCUAACGUUAGCGGUGUUAGCCAUCCUGACCACGGCUCCCAUCGGGGCGCUGGGUAUAGGCCUGGCAGGACCACGCCUCCUGACUCGACAGGUCAAAGACGACACAGAAGGCGGAGCCACGACUCAGAGCAGCGCCGGGACCAGUCAAGAAAAAGACAACAUGACUCUUGAGAGCAAACUCUGAGGCUUCUUACUGGAUACACAUAUGAUAAAUAAAUCUACAGAAGCCCUGAGUGGACACGCACGCAUAGAUUUUAUUUUGCUCUUGUAGUGUAAUUAACUUAUUAAGAAUUUCCUCGGGCCACAGGAAAAAUGAACUUUAACUGUAUAAGUUAAUUAAUUAUUCAGUGUCAUAUCAGAAUGUCAGUAAGUUCUCUAGGAUAAAGAUAAAGAUAAACUUUAUCUAUUAAACUAAACUAUU